UCUCAUGCAAGUUCGCUUCGAUCUGAUAUAACAUAUUGUAGGGACGUGUUCGACUUUGUCCUCACUUUUGCAGGUGUAUCAACAAUCGAUUCCAUUGUCGUCCCGGCAUUAAAUCGUUUCAUCGAAAACGUCUAUGUGUUCGACAUGCAGAUCUGGGAUGCGAUGGAAGAAUCAUUUGGGGAGGACAGGCACGCGCUAAACCAAUCUCCAGUUUUCAUCUCGUUUGCAACCAUUAACACCCGUCCCGAUGGCGUGCGAGAGCGCGUGGUAGAUGCAAGGGUGUUGGCAUACUCAAACCUGAGGGAUGGCCGGCCUUGGGGCCUGGAUAUAUACAGGUGUUGGAAUGUGCAGUGUCAAGCACCAGCAUACAACAUGAUCUUCCAUCCGCAUGGAAAACAAUUGUUCGGACAGCGCUGGGUCGACACGAAGCUCAAGUAUACAUGUCUGCAAUGCAGAAUGACGCAAAGGGCUAUUGCAUGUCCGUCAUGGAUCCAUGGAGCACGCUCUCAAAAUUAUGGACGUGUAUGGUACCAGUGGCCGCUCACUCCGGCACAGAGACGGGACAUAGGUAUCAUACAAUGA